GAAAUAUUUCUUUCUCCACUCGAUAUAUAUUAUAUCCCAGGUUACCUAGGUAGGUAGCUGGCAGCUAGAUUAGCUAGCACGUUGUGCAAAUCCCCACGAUGGCGACACGACGACUUGCGAUAAACGGCGCUGCUACCGCUCUGCGCGGGAGAACUUCCCGACUGACGGGUUCGGGCUCGGCUACUAUUCCUACAGCUGCGCAUAUACUGCGAGCUUCGUUCGGCACGACUUCCUUGGUACCACAGGCUACGAGGGGAACAGCAGGAGUAGCUGCGCGACCGCAGUUAUUUCGGCGCAUCGCCCCUACAAGCGUCCGGUGGUCCUCGGAUUCAGCAGCCGGGAGCGGAGGUGGGAGCGGGAGUGGGAGUAAGAUAUGGAAUUUUGAAGAGAUCAAAACCGCCGUAUCCACCCCAACGUCCACCCCCAAAGUCACUAUAAUCGACACCCGCGAGCCCUCCGAGCUAGCCGCAACCGGCCGCAUCCCCGGCGCCCUCAACAUCCCGAUCGCCAGCGCCCCGGAAAGUUUCCACAUCCCGGCCGACGAGUUCGCCGACCGGUUCGGGUUCGAGCGGCCCGCGCCUAGCAGCGACGGGGGGGAGGUGGUGGUGUUUUACUGCAAGGCUGGCGUGCGCAGCCGAGCUGCCGCGCAGAUCGCGCGCGAGGCCGGCUGGGAGAACGUGGGCGAGUACCCUGGGAGCUGGGUGGAUUGGGUGCAGAAGGGAGGGAAGAUUGAGCGGUAGGUGAGGUGAGGUGAGGUUGGUAUGGUAUGAGGACCUUUGGGGAUUGUAGACAUGGGAGAUCUGAAUACCUUAGAUGCGGUGGCGAGUAAGAGGCGAAUUGUCCGAUACUCUCUCUCUCUCUCUCUCUCUCUCUCUACCCUUUUAAUCUCGGCAUGUACAAAGCAAGCACGAGAGAACUCAAGAGCUAUUCAGAGAAACUCUGAAUCUAGACGAGAGAUGGAAGAAAAAUG